UAUUUUUCUUUUUGCUACUUCCUAUGUGUAUUGGCAUUUGGUGCGGUGAGAGUUACGCCUUGAAUAUAAAGCUUGGGGAGCUGCUCCUCCAAUGAAUGAAACAAUGACCAGAAGCUAGAUUGAACCUGAUUACUCCACCCCCAGACUAAUGUCUAAGGGUCAAGCUUCUGGCUCCGACCUCCUGCCCGGCCUCCCGGCAGACAAGGGCUGGGUAAGAGGCUGGAUAUUCCUAUUCCACCUCCCUCUGAACCACCAAUGAUACCCCAAUGCUUCAUGGAGGGGGUGGGGAAGAGGAAGGACAGUCUUUGCUACAAGCCUAACACAGCCUGCAAUCCAGAAGUUCUAGAGGGACUCAACUACACGCUUUGACUCUGAAUAGCCCAAGUUACAGAAAGAGACGAGCUCCAGAACAGCAACUGCCCACUUAAACGCACAAUUCUCUCAGGACACGCUCGGGGCCUGCAAACUACAUUUCCCAGAAGGGAGAACGCAGAAGCUCAGGGCGGGUUUCCGGGAAGGUCUCCAUGGCAACGGCACUUCCGCCCCCUAACUGGCAGCACCCAUCCAGGUCGAGUCCCGCAGCCUCGGUUCUGCUUCAACCUGAGCCGCCGCCAUGGCUCGAGCCUUAGAGCUGGCGCCGGGGUACCUAGCUGGCUUCGCGAAGGGGACAAAGAAUAGGCGGGUGCAGGGAGCAGAGACACUGCUGAUUGGCUCCCACGGCCUCAGGUCGUCCAAUGGGUGCGCUAGAGGACGGAGAGUUCUAUGCUACAGACCUCCCAGAUGCGGGCUUUUGUCUCUGAGUCGGCCCCAGAGGAGGAGGGGGACAUGGCACCCAUGCUCCAGACCACAGGGACCCCCCUGAAACCGGUGACGUUCAGAGACGUGGCCGUGACCUUUAGCCCGGAGGAGUGGGGGCACCUGGGGCCCUCUCAGAAGGAGCUGUACCGCCAAGUGAUGCUGGAGAACUAUGGGAACCUGGUGUGCCUGGGACUUGCCCUUUCCAAGCCUGACGUGAUUGAGCAGCUGGAGCGAGGGGAAGCCCCUUGGAGGCCAGAGGCAGAUGUCCCAGGAGGCAGCCACGCAGACUGGGAAGCUAGGUCUGAAACCAAGGAGUCGCCUCCAAAACUGGGUCUUUCUGUGCAAGAAUCAUCCCAGGAAAGACUCACCAAGAAUAGUCCCUCCAUGUCCAGAUUGGGAAAAAACCAGGCAAAAGACACCAGGUUAUUGAGGCAGCAAAAGGAUAAGAAGCAGCCUCCCAGACAGAAAACCAGUAUCCAGAGGAAAAGGUCCAGUAAAGUGAGGAACCCCAAGCAUGACAAAUGUUACCGAAGCUUGAGUCCAGAACCAGCCCUUCUGCCACAGCAAAGAGAAUCAGCCACAAAGAGUCUCCAUAAACAUGAUAUACACAGAAAGAACCUCAGAAUGUAUUCAGACCUAAGAAAAUGUAAGAAAAUCUGCCCAAAGAAGGCAUUAUCUAAAUUUAAAGAAUGCGGGGAAUCCUUCAGUAACAAUGAAAGUGAAAAAACUGGAGAGAAACCUUUUGUAUGUAAUGAAUGUGGGAAAGGCUUCUUUCAGAAGAUGUGUCUUAUUCAGCAUAAGAGAAGUCAUACUGGGGAAAGACCUUAUGAGUGUGGUCAGUGUGGGAAGGCCUUCUAUCAGCAAGGACACCUUAUUCAACAUCAGUCAAUUCACACUGGAGAAAAACCUUUUAAAUGUAAUGAAUGCUCUAAAGUGUUUCGCCUAAGUACAGGGCUUGUUGAACAUCAGAAAAUUCAUACUGGAGAGAAACCUUAUAAAUGUAAUGAAUGUGGGAAAGCCUUCCGCCAUGGAUCACAUCUCACUCAACAUCAGAGAAUUCACACUGGAGAAAAACCUUAUGAAUGUAAUGAAUGCGGAAAGAAUUUCCGCCAUAGUUCACACCUUACUCAACAUCAGAGAAUUCAUACAGGAGAUAGACCUUAUAAAUGUAAAGAAUGUGGAAAAGCCUUCCGCCAUGGUUCACAGCUUACUCAACAUCAAAGAAUCCAUACUGGAGAGAAACCUUACGAAUGUAAAGUUUGUGGAAAGGCAUUCAGACAAAGUACACAACUUACUGCACAUCAGACAAUUCACACUGGAGAGAAACCUUAUGAAUGUAGUGAGUGUGGGAAGGUGUUCCGCCAGAGUAUACAACUUACUACACACCAGAGAAUUCAUACUGGAGAAAAACCUUAUGAGUGUGAUGAGUGUGGGAAGUCCUUCCGUUUGGGCACAAGCCUUAGUGAACAUCAGAGAAUUCAUACUGGAGAGAAACCCUAUAAAUGUAAUGAAUGUGGAAAGGCCUUCCGCCUAGGCACAAGACUCAGUGAACAUCAGAGGAUUCAUACUGGAGAGAAACCUUAUGAAUGUUCUGAGUGUGGAAAGGCCUUUGGCCAUAGCUCACAACUUACUCUACAUCAGAGGAUUCACACUGGAGAGAAACCUUAUGAAUGUAAGGAAUGUGGCAAGUCCUUCAGGCAGAGUAUACAACUGACCCUGCACCAGAGGAUUCAUACUGGAGAGAAACCUUAUGAGUGUAAUGAAUGUGGGAAGACCUUCCGACAGAGCACACAACUUACCGUACACCAGAAAAUUCAUAGUGGAGAAAAACCUUAUAGAUGUGAUGAAUGUGGGAAGGCCUUCCGCCAGAACACACAGCUUACUGUACAUCAGACGAUUCACAGUGGAGAGAAACCUUAUAAAUGCUUGGAAUGUGGCAAGUUCUUCCGCCUGAGCACAGGACUGAGUGAACAUCAGAGAAUUCAUACAGGAGAAAAACCUUAUAACUGUAAUGAAUGUGGGAAGACCUUCCGCCAUAGUUCACACCUUACUCGCCAUCAGAUGAUACAUACUGGGAAAAAGCCUUUUGAAUGUAGUGAAUGUGGGAAGUCUUUCCCCCAAAGUGCCCAACUUAGCCGGCAUGAGAGAAUCCAUACUAGAGAGAAGCCCUAUAAAUGCUUUGAAUGUGAGAAGGCCUUCCGCCAGCACUCCCAGCUGACUCGACAUAAUAAAAUUCAUGCUAGAGAUAAACCCAAUGACUCUAACAAAUGUGGGAAGGCUUCCAAAGAGCCCAGAGCUCUCAACAGAAAUUGAAACCUGCAUCCUUGAGAGAAACUUUUGAGUGUAAUGAAUGUAAGAAUAGUAGGCAGCUGGUUGGAAAUGUCAGCAAGGUAGCGUAGUGGAUAGACCCUUGGACCUGGCACCAAGAAAAACUGAGUUCCAAUCUGGCCUCUGAACCUUCCCAACUACCUGACACUGGGCAAGUCACUAUUUAAUCUCUAUCAGUCUCAAUUGUCUCAUCUGUAAAUGAGCAUGAUACUACCACCCACCUCUCAGUAUUGUAGUGAAGUUAAAAUGGAUAAUAUUUGUAAAGUGCUUAGCAAACCUUACAAGCACUGUGUACAUGUUUCCAAUCCAAACCACCACCACCACCACCACCAAUAACUUCUUGUUGAUUAAUUGAAUAUUGGCCUGCAGUUGAACAGGACUUAGUCAACAUUGAGGAAUGCAUAAUGGUGAGAAACUGUAGCAGUGUAACGAUUGAGGAAAGGCCUUCUUCCAGAACACAGAACUCACUGGCUGUCAGGUAAUUCAAACUGGAGGGAAGCAUGAUUCCUUGGAUUGUCACAAAUGCAGAGCUAUAAGUGCCCUGGAGAUCUGGUCCAGUCCCUUUUAAAGAUGAGAAAACUGAGGUCUAAAGAGUUUAAAUGAUGUGAAGCCAGGUUGUCAGUGGCAGAAUGUGGAUUUGAACAUAGAUUUUCUGACUCCAAGUCCAGUAUUCUUCAAUUCUUCAAAUUCUUCCAAAUUCAGCCAGAGCCACUUGGGAGAAUUUAACCUAAGUGGAAGCCCUACAGAUAAGGCAUUUCCCUGUCUAGUUUCCCCAUGGGGGUUGUUCUAACCCAUUUCCCAAGCUGUCUAGUUCCCAGCCACCUCCCUCCCUCACACAGCAGGCGAUUGAGACUUUUGCAACCUGACAUUCUCUGAGGCCUCCCAAAUGCCCAGCCCUCCCCCUCUACUCCUGCCUUCAGGAGACCACCAAUGUAUUCCCCUCCCUCACCUAAGCCCAAUGUGAGAAGAGCCUGGGGACUGAAGGCUUCCUUAAUGUAGCUCUGAGAACAGUGACUUUGUAAUUCCUUCACCCCACUCCUCUCAAAUCCAGAAGAUUCACGACUCCCCUCCCUAUAUCUGAGGUGCUUCCCUGCUUUCCCCUCUGUCACCCAGACCACAAAGGUCUCUUUCCUCAGUCCCAGCCAUGAGUCUAAACAUAACCUCCCAGGUGGUGUGGUCACUCCUACUCGAACCAGCUCCUGUUUGUGUGACCUGGCCAGUCUGCCUCUCUCAUCCCUUUAGGAAUUACGGAUCCCUAGAGUGUUAUCAAAAGCAAAGCUUCCUAUCCAGAAAUGUUCUUUGCAACAUUAUUUGUAGUCAAAGAUAAGCUGGGAUCACCAGAGGCCUGUGGUGCAUAAUAGCGAGUGUUUCUAUAGCACUUUGAAAGUUUGCAAAGCACUUUACAAACAUAAUCUCACUGGAUUCUCAGACCAGCUGUUAGGCAGGUGUUGGUGUUGUCCCCUCUGUCCCUGGUAACAGUAAGUAUCUGAGGCAGAAUUCAGACUUGGGGUAGCCUAACUACCUGUCCAGCACUUUCAAGUGCACCCCCUCGUUGCCCAAUACUGACACCAACCAUUACAAAGUACUUCACACGUGUUAUUUUUAUCCUUAGAGCAACCUGGGAGGCAGAAGCUCUUGUUAUCCCAAUUUUACAGCGGAGGAAACUGACACAUAAUUUAAGUGACUUGCUCAGAGUUAAACAGCUAGUAAGUGUCUGAGGUUGGAUUUGAACUCAGGUCUCCCUGACACCAUGUCCAGCACUCUCUCCACUUCGCCAUCACUUCCUAGAGGUGAGACAUGAAUGGUGGGUAAUCUGGCAGAGAGACGUAAGAAUCGGGAAGAAAAGGAAUCAGGACAAACUGAUCUUCUUAAAACAAGUCUGACCAUGGCCCCACCCCCACACCAUUUAAUCGGCCCCACUGGCUCCCGACUCCCUGUAGGAUCAAAUGUAAAAUCCUCUUUGACAUUUAAAGCCCUUCCUAACCUUCCUGUCUUCCACAUCCUCUUCCCCAAAGUGCCACUGGUCUCUUGAUGUUCCUUGCACAACAUGUUCCAUCUCUGGAGUCUGAGUGUUUUCACUGGCUAUCUGCCAUGCUUGGAGAUCUCUCCCUCUUCAUCUCCUCCUCCUCCUGACUUCCUCUGAGUCCUGCUUGAUGAAGAGUCUUCCCUCUCUGAUUAUCUCCAAUUUAUCCUGUAUAUAUCUGGUUUUUAUAUGGUUGCAUGCAUGUUGUCUCCUCUAUUAAACUAUGAACUCCUUGGAGCAGGGACUCUGCUUUUUUUUUUUUUUUGCAGACCCAGUUUUUUAGCACAGAGCUUAGCACACAUGUACUUAGUAAAUGCUUGCUGCUGUAACCAUGCCCACGAACACAUGUAGCAAUAAAACAAAGAAAAAAGGGAAGUAAAUUAGUUCACUGCUCCUCCCAAAGUUUCUCCCAAGUCAUCAUUAUUUAGUCAUUCUCUGCUAAAUUCUCUUUUUUUAAAUAUAUUUUUUAUUUUGUUAAACAUUUCUCAAUUACAUGUAAAAAUUUUAACAUUGAUUUUUUUUUAAAUUGAAUUCCAAAUUCCCUCCCCACUUUGCAACUCUCCUCCCUUGAGGAGUCAAGCAAUUUGAUAGAGAUAUUUUAAACUUAAAUA